UAUAUCCUGUGACCUUCGGCCCAUGUGGCUUUAAGCUCGUACCUGAUCCCGUCCCCCACAAACUGACCCACCCCCAGUCGACUCAGGAUUGUCUCGUCGCUCCUCCUGCAGGUUCAACGAGCACGCAAUAACCGCCACCCCAGAAAUGUGCAUCGCUCUUAUUUCUACCAAUCACCCAUCGUACCAUUUGGUUCUUCUCGACAAUCGAGAUGAGUAUAUCGGCAGGCCGACAGCUCCGGCGCGCUUUUGGGAUGAGCCACACGCAGACGUGUUGGCGGGUCGAGACCUGAUGAGGUCCGAGCAGGGCACCUGGCUGGGUAUCACCCGCCAAGGACGCAUCGCAGUCUUGACUAAUUUCCGCGAAGAGGAGGAGGAACUCCUCGCGGGGGCUCGUAGUCGGGGGGCAAUGGUCUCAUCGUUCCUGGCAGCCUCAACCCAGCCGAGCCCAAGUUCCACACCGGCUCAGCAAGCAAGAUCCGGAAGCGCAAGACAUUUAAUGUCCACGCAAGACUUUGUAAACGAUCUCGUUGAAGAUCACGAAGGUCUUCGCGGUGUAGGCGGCUUCUCGCUGGUCUGCGGAGUACUUCGCAAGAACCGGCAACCACUCGCAGUCGUUAGUAACCGGACGCCUCGGACAGGGGAGGUCCCCUGGAUAGGGAAGUCGUCGGGCGAGACACGUGGAUUGAGCAAUACGACCUUUGAAGAUCAUACAUGGCCAAAAGUCCUCGAUGGAGAGCAUUUGCUGGACCGAGCGCUGGCAGAAAGCCAUGAGGCAUCUGAAUCAAAGCAGCAACUACUGGACAGAUUAGUCUCUCUUCUGAAUACAGACACGCUGCCCCGAAAGCAGAAUGGAGAGACAUGGGUAACAUACACGCGUAAUUUGAGGCGAAGUAUUUUUGUUCCUGUAUUCGAAGGAGAGGAGUGCAAGCCAGCCGACGCCGUAGCCGCCGCCUCUGACGAAAGCCAGCUUCGUGGGAAAAACGACGCCGUCAGCAGCCAAGGGACAAGUGGAUUGUACGGGACGGUAAAGCAAACCAUCGUAUUGGUCGACCACGAUGGCCGGGUAACAUACUUGGAGCGGACGCUGUUCGGCGACGAUGGAACACCUAUCCCGGCCGGGCAGGGCGACAGAAUCUUCGAGUUUGACAUUGAUGGCUGGGAUACGUAGAAUGCGCGAAAGGAAAAUGUUUGGAUAUCAUGCAUCACCCACAAUGUAUAAAUUAUAUGCAUACACUACCUAUGUGGCAUAACUAUUAUACAUGGCUCUAACUCAUUCGUCCUUGAUAAGAACAUUUAAUGACUGUGUUGCGUCGGGUUCGGUUGAAAAAGCCUCGCCCACGUCGUGACCGGUGUCCAGACACUUAAAGAAUUAUAUCCAAGAACACCUCUAGCAAAUUCUUGACGCUGUAGUAUUACCUCGAACGACCAUAUUCUUGGAGAUCCAAGACCAAAAUCGAUAUUGUCCAACCCUAUCCAGCUGAAACGAUAACAGAAAAGCCACUUGCCAUAACGCAAGAAAAUGACCCCUAUUGAUUG